CUCCUCCCCUUCCCCAUCGUUUUCCGUGUGUAAGAGAGAGAGGGAGAGAGAGAGCGCGAUAUCCCUGAUUCCCUCCACAAAGCCAUAUCAUGGAGUCUCUCCUGGGAACUCUAUGCAGCUCAACCACUGUCAUACCCCCCGGUCUCUCAAACUAUAAGCUAUCACUGCCUCUACAACUGCCACCACAUAAACGCACUCUUCCUCAUUCCACCAACUUUUCCUUCUUCACCCCGUAUCGAAUUCCUCCUCCUGUCUUAUUCGCGACACCGGAGAGCCAAUCGAGUGUUGGGGUUGAUGCUGAUGCUAGAGAAUGGGCAAUGCAAGAUUUUUAUUCCCUGAGGAGGGAUGUAGAGACCACCUCAGAACGUGUUGAAGAGAUUAGGGGCUCUGCUGGUCUGCAGCAAUUAGAACAGGAAUUUGCAGAUUUGGAGUUGAAGGCAGCUGAUAGCUCUUUUUGGGAUGAUCGAGAUAAAGCUCAAGAAACUCUUUUGGCCCUAACUGAUGUCAAAGACAAGAUAAAAUUACUUACAGAGUUCAAGACCCAGGUUGAAGAAGCAGAAACAAUAGUUAAGCUAACUGAGGAAAUGGACUCCAUAGAUACUGGACUUCUUGAAGAGGCUGCAACUCUCAUUAAAGAAUUGAACAAGGCAUUGGAUCGAUUUGAGUUGACACAACUUCUUUCUGGUCCUUAUGACAAAGAAGGUGCUGUUAUCUCUAUCACAGCUGGUGCUGGAGGUACUGAUGCUCAGGAUUGGGCUGACAUGCUUCUUAGGAUGUAUGUGAGAUGGGGAGAGAAGCAGAAAUACAAAACAAGAGUGGUUGAGAAAUCCCCGGGAGAAGAAGCUGGGAUUAAGUCAGCAACAAUUGAAGUUGAAGGUCGUUAUGCUUAUGGUUAUUUGUCUGGGGAGAAAGGAACUCACCGCAUUGUGCGCCAAUCUCCUUUUAAUGCCAAAGGUCUUCGCCAGACAAGCUUCUCUGGUGUUGAAGUCAUGCCUUUUCUUCGUGAAGAGUCGCUGAAUGUUGAAAUUCCUGAGGAUGACCUGGAGAUCACUUUUUCCAGGGCUGGUGGCAAAGGAGGUCAAAAUGUAAACAAGGUUGAAACUGCUGUCCGGAUUACUCACAUCCCCACAGGCGUCACUGUUCGCUGCACAGAAGAGAGGUCCCAACUAGCAAACAAGAUCAAGGCUAUGAGCAGAUUGAAGGCUAAGUUGCUAGUCAUAGCAGUGGAGCAAAGGGCUUCUGAAAUCAAGCAAAUACGUGGAGAUGCAGUGAAGGCCGAGUGGGGCCAGCAGAUACGAAAUUAUGUAUUUCAUCCGUACAAACUUGUGAAAGAUGUUCGGACGGGAUUUGAGACAUCGGAUAUUGGUUCUGUAAUGGAUGGUGAAUUGGAUCCCUUCAUCAAGGCUUACCUCAGGUACAAAUACAGUAUGUCAGUCUCUCCAAGUGGGGUUAAUUAACAUCUAACAAAUUUUUUUUGUCAGUAUACGUAACUUUGUAUUUAUGUAUGCUUAACUUGCCCAGAUGGGUUUAUCUUCUAAGAAAAUAUAAAUUUUUAUUUU